GUGUAAAAAACAUUCGUUUUCAUGUGUUGGAGAAGGUUCCAGAUCCAUCGAGAUAUAUCAAGGUGUCUACUAGUUCCAAUUAUCCAACUGCCUCUGGGUUAACCAACUCAGCGGGGAGCGGCUCAGAACCGGAUCAGAAUUGCCCCGUCUCGGGGGGCAAGUCCUUUAAAUGUCUGCACUGGCGAUGCCCUUCAUCGACAACGAUCUUCUAUGGAGUAGUGACCAUGACGGUAAAAUGGUGGACCUCUCGUCUUGUUUACAGGACGCUUCAGUUGCCAUUGGCACCCAAAAACUAUGACUACAAGCACCAAUACUAG